AUGGCCUCGUCAGAAAUAGGCACUGCUACUGGCCCCGCCAAGCUCAAAGCUGUAACGGAUCUGGUUGAGAAGCUCACCAACGAUCUUGACAACGUCACCCUUCUUCCCGACGACCGCAUCAGUGCCCUAGAAGAGCUCAAGAUUUACGGCAGAGACCCAAACGACGCCGACCCCAUCUUCACCAAGGAUGGCAUCUCCAUGUUACUCCGUCAUGGCUUCUACAGUCCGUCUAGUGAAACUGCGCGGGCGGCUCUGAGGGUCUUGGCAAACGCCAUGCUGCUCAAGCCCGAGACUCGUCAGACGUUCGUCGACCUGGGAUUUGCCCCAAGGGCUUGUAGCGAGCUCAAGGUUGACAGCUGGGACAACGAGUUUCUGGUUUCCCGCAUUCUCUUCAUCUCCACCUACGGCACCAGUCUCGAUCUGCCCGAUCUCAUUGAGAACCACCGGCUGGCUGACCAUAUUGUUGAGAAUGUGAGCCGCCACGCAAAGACCUUGUCCAACAAGGCCAAGGCCAAGGAUGACCCCAUGGAGGGAAUGGCGCUCGGAGAGACAUUGAAGCUCAUGUUCAACGUGUCUCACUUUUGCAAAGACAAAGUUUCCUGCUUUACUGCCACCGUUCCUCAUGUGGUUGCGCUGCUUUGGAAACAGGAUGUCUCCGACGAAAACCCUCUUGAUCCUCCGUUUGGCCCGCUUGUCAACGCGCUCUACAACCUCGAUUUCGAGGCUGACAAAAGCCGGGCUUCUCUUUUUCCCAAGAGCGAACCUACCAAGGUCUCUUCCAGGCUCGUGUCUCUUUUGGACUUGUCGAUGAAGGCGUACGGCGACAACGAGCUUGAAAACAACGUGACGCCCCUGGUGGGCUUAAUUGGCAGGGUUUACGAAAACGCCCCGCCGGCGGUGCGGCAGUUCUUGGAAGAAGCGAUACUUCCGUCCGCCGAAGAUCGGCAGGCUGUCCUGGGGCGUGGAGAAACGCUGUCCGCCAGGCUUCUCAAGAACUCGACGAAUCCACUGACUCCUGCACUGAGGGAUGGUAUUUCGCAUCUCUUCUUUGACCUUUCGGGCAGGGAUGCGUCAAAGUUUGUGGAGAACGUUGGGUACGGGUUUGCAUCGGGCUUCCUCUUCCAGAACAACGUUCCUGUUCCGGCAUCUGCGUCGGAAGCGUUCAGCACGGGUGACGACGCUGGGGCUCAGAAGCUGGUCAAUCCAAUCACUGGACAGUUCCUCGAUAAAGAAAACCCCGCCGAGGGGCCAGAAAUGUCCCAAGAGGAAAAGGAGCGAGAGGCCGAGCGAUUGUUCGUGCUUUUUGAGAGGCUAAAGCAGCUUGGCAUCAUGGACAUACAAAAUCCGGUGGAACAGGCAGUUCAAGAGGGGAAGUUCCGCGAGCUGGACGACGAUGAGGUUGAAGAGGUCGAUUGA